AGGCCGCCGCUCGCCUUCGUGUUGCAGCUGGGUGACAGCAUCGAUGGCCUCAAUGCCCGCAGCGGCGAGGCCGAGAGUGCCUUGGAGCAGGUGCUGGCAGCGCUGGGGCAGCUGCCGGUGCCAGUGCAUCACGCAUGGGGCAACCACGAGUUCUAUAACUUCAGCCGAGCCCGCCUGGUGCACACUGGCCUCAACAGCCGUCCUGCUGAGGCCAUGGCCAGCCUGUCAGCUGGGGACUGCCAGGCCUAUCACUUCAGCCCAGCUGCACGGUUCCGCAUUGUCGUGCUUGAUGCCUAUGAUCUGAGCAUCCUGGGCAGGGAGCCAGACAGCCCCCGUUACCAGGAGUCCCUGCGGCUGCUGCGGGAGAAGAACUCCAACGACAACCUCAACAGCCCCACAGGACUCAAAGAACCUCGGUUUGUAGAGUUUAAUGGAGGAUUUAGCCAAGCCCAGCUGAACUGGUUCAAUGAAGUCCUCAAGUUCUCUGAUGAAAACCAAGAAAAAGUUGUAGUUAUGGGUCAUCUGCCCAUUCAUCCAGAUGCUUCAGACAGAGUUUGCCUAGCCUGGAAUUACGAAGAUGCCCUUUCAGUCAUACACUCCCAUGAGUGCGUGGUCUGCUUUCUUGCAGGGCACCUGCAUGACGGUGGCUAUUGUUUAGACUCUCAUGGAGUUCAUCAUCUGACUUUGGAGGGGGUUAUUGAAACUCCACCGGAAAGCAAUGCCUUUGGAACUAUUUAUGUCUAUGAACACAAAAUGAUACUAAAGGGAAGGGGCAGAAUUUCAGACAGAGUUAUGCAUUUCUGAAAAUUGUCACCCAAUACAAAUUGUUGUUCUUCAGGAAGUACUCAGACAAAAAAGCAGGG